CAUGCAUGCUCUUGAGAAAAAGCCGCGCGUCCGAUUCCCACGACACAGAUAAAAACCGCACACCAAUACGCGCGCCGGGAACGCGCACACUCUCGCUCCCGACCGACGAGACAGCGAAGCCAGUCAGCUGCUCGGGGACAUUCCUGUCUGUCUUCAAGAACUUCACCCCAGACACCGGGGACGACGUAAGCUCCUGUUGAGGCUUUUUAUUUAUUUAUUUUUCUCACCCUCUCUCGUCAGUCUGAGUCUCUGCGCUCUUGAGAGGAUGUGGAGCGUCGCUGCUCCUUCCAGACCCGACUGAAACUUUUCUCGGUCAGGUCGCAUCGCGCAGGGGGAGAGAGGAGGACGCAGGAGCCGCAGCCUGUGUGUCGCUCGCAGGAGACUAUGGGAGGCUUUCAUUAGAUCCACUCCAGCACAAAGACAUCAUGGCUGUGGAUGCUGCAUCGAGUUUCAGUUUCUGCAGGCCAGCUGUGGAGUACAGGGCUCUGCCGGAGGACUUCAAGCACCAGCUGAGUCGACGGACAGGUGGGAACCUAACCUGGCAUGACGGGCGUGGACAGAAAACGGCGGGAGGCAGAACAGUGAAGCUGCUGCAGCAGCCGGGGACCGAGGCCCUGCAGUACCGCUCCAGUGACAGUUUUGGCAUAUACCACACGAGCCCCACACAGCCCAGCCUGAUCCGCCCUGUCGUGCUCUGGUCACAACAAGAUGUGUGCAAAUGGCUGAAGAAACAUUGUCCACACAACUACCUGACCUAUGUGGAGGCGUUCUCCCACCACGCCAUCACAGGACGUGCAUUGUUGCGUCUGAACGAGGAGAAGCUGGAGAGGAUGGGUUUAGUGCAAGAGACGCUUCGACAGGAACUGCUGCAACAGGUGCUGCAGCUGCAGGUGCAGGAGGAGGGACGUAACCUGCAGCUGCUCAGCAGAGGUUCCUUUGGAAAGAUUUCGUAGCUGCAAGACGUGGACACUGUGGAGUCAUGUGAUAUAAAAUCAUAAAAACUGAAAUGUGAAUCAAAUCUGUGGGAUGAAUCCAUCCAGCAGCAGACAUGUAGAAUAAUGUCAACUGGAGGUUGGCAGCACGAUAAACAGACAUCAUCUAAACAAACUGACUGUGAACUGUGAUGAUAAAAGCAUCGUGACAAUCUGUUUUGUCAGUUUAUUUCUCUGUUCUGUGACUAUGUUUCCUCUUGAACCGUCUCGACAACUUUCUCUGAAACUUUUUUUAAUGUCAAAAAAUCAUUCAUAUAUAAAUAAAAACUAAAUAUUACCAGAA